AUGCAAGGCGACACAAUGGCAUCGUCAACAAAUCAAUACAUUCGCCAGAUCCUGCAUCAUAGCGAGGCACCGCCUCCAGUAAAAGCCCGCUUUUUCUACACCUCACCGCUGACGAUAGACGAUCCGCUGUCACCUCUACCACCCUCGGCUCAAACUGCUCAGACGACGUAUGCGAAACUACCACCCAGACCAUUCUCCGAAUUCGAUAAUACCGCUCUCGACAAGGCAUGGCAUGAUCUCCGGCACAAGCUGCUCCGAUACAACGAGGUGCGAGGCGAGAAGCAGAAGCCGGCAGACCCUCAGCCAGCUACCAGACAAGAGAAGGGAAAGAAGGUGGAACUGGAUUUGAGCACUUCUCCUUCUGCUUACCUCAGUACCUCUCCUUCCGCUCGCCGGCCAGCCUCCAAGAGUGAUGCAUCGACGAGGAGCAACACACUUGCCGACAUAUACGAGCCACCCGCUGUCCCACCGGAAGCAGAGACUCAUGAUACCACCGGCACUCCUUUCAUUCGCGCUCCUUCGAUGCGACGGGUCAACCAGAUCUCGUCCAGACCUCCGACUCGGCUAAGAGACAGCUAUCAGUGGGACGAUCCCCCGGAAGAAGACAAACAGCCUCCACAGCCACGUCCCGAUCCAGAAGCACCUUCGGCAAAGAUAGCUGUUGGCGUAUCGCGACUGCACCAUGUAGCCAUGCCGGAUCUCAACUUGGAGCCCAUCUACUGGCGUCCGGUCAACGAUGUUUCUCCGGUAGUGCGAGCAACUUGGUUCUACAAGGACACCAUGCUACCGGUCGAGCCUCCUGUUGCCAACAUGCUUGAGGCAGGUUACACCGAGUUGCAGCCUUGGACUGAAACUUGGAACGAUGAGCUCAACAGCGCUAUCGAGGUUGGUGCCGCAGGAGAAGCCAAGAUUCUGCACAAACUCUGGCCUGAUCUGUUCAAGAGGCUUGAGAGUAGGCCUAAUCCUGCCAGGACUGAGAUGGGUAGUAUGACCUCUACCAACUUCGACGAGGAGCCAUUCUCAGCCGAGAAGGAGCGUGAACAUGUCGUCGAGGUCGCCUGCGACAUUAUCGAUAUUGCCGCAGGCGUGGAUGGACCUGAUAACAAAGCUUCUGGUACAUCAGCGUACUCCUCUGGCGGCGGUCUGCCCAGAUGGUACCCUACAGCUGGUGUCGUAUACGCGAAUGCGACCGAUGCCCAUAUCUUGAAACCCAAUUUGCAGCCAUCAGCCUAUCACGGUCGUCGUCCAUUGGCGAAUUACAUUCGUAAAGGUCGUAAGCUUGGUAUACCUGUUGUUCGUGGCUUUGACCAAGCGGCUUACGAUCGCAUGUACCCCGUCAAGAAGACCUCUACUGCAGCGAAGGCUGAAGAAGGCGUGUCUACAUCGCAGUCCGGUGCACCUCCCAAUCGACGACAAAAGUCUGAUCCUGCUCUUGCUCAUGCUGAGCGCCCAAAGGUCACUGAGUUGAUUCUUGUAAUUCAUGGUAUUGGCCAGAAGCUCUCAGAACGUAUGGAGAGUUUUCAUUUCACCCACGCGAUCAACGCAUUUCGCCGAGAGGUCAGUGUUGAGCUAGGCACAGACAGUGUGAAAGCUCAUCUCAGGAAGAAUAUGGGUGGUAUCAUGGUCCUACCCGUCAACUGGCGUCAAAGCUUAUCUUUCGAGGAUGGCCAGAGAGAUGUGCCUGAUGAUCCGGCAAUGAAUGAUUUUGGACUAAAGGACAUCACGCCAGAGACGUUGCCAUCUGUGCGCAACAUCGUGUCUGAUGUUAUGCUUGAUGUGCCUUACUAUCUAUCAGAUCACCAGCCCAAGAUGAUUGCAGCUGUCAUCGCUGAGGCCAAUCGCAUCUACAAGCUGUGGUGCAUCAACAAUCCAGGCUUCGCUCAAUAUGGACGUGUGCAUAUUAUCGCGCACUCGCUCGGUAGUGUCAUGGCGGUCGACAUUCUGUCGAAGCAACCAACCUCGAUACCCCCUGAGCUGGCUGACCCUACCACGGUUGAUUUGAACUCUUCGCCAAUCCUGGAUCACUUCCUUUUCAACACUUCUGGGCUGUUCUUGUGUGGCUCGCCAACUGGCUUCUUCUUACUCCUCAAGCGAGCUUCUCUGAUUCCACGCCUGGGUAAACAGAAACCUGGAGCGAAUUUGUCAUCAAUCAGAAAGCCGAUUUGUGGAAGCCAUGGAACAUAUGGCUGUCUGCCUGUAGACAAUAUCUACAAUAUCAUCAACCCCUACGAUCCAGUCUCGUACCGUCUCAACGCCACAGUCGAUGCUUCAUACGCGGCAUCGCUCAAAUCGGCAUGGGUGCCAACAGCUAGCUCGGGAUGGUUCUCAUCUUCUGGAUCAUGGUUUUACUCAUCACCUGAGGGAGCAUCUACCACUCGACCAGAUCAGCUGCCCAGACUACCUUCGAACGUGGAACUUGAGACACACAACUUCUCCCGCGAAGAGAUUGCCGAGCAGCGUAUGCUACUGCUAAACGACAAUGGGCAGAUCGACUACUUCCUCAAGUAUGGAGGUGGACCGUUGGAGAUUCAGUACUUGACGAUGCUUGGUGCACACAGCAGCUACUGGCUUCUCAAGGACUUUGUUCGUAUGAUUGUCCUGGAAUGUGGCAGAGGGCUUGGCAGGGAUGGAACGAUAUUGGGCAUGAGAGCGACCAAGAAGAAGGCACAGUUGACUACGUGA